AUGGGAAAAGACAAGAAAAAAGAGGCAGAACGACAGAGAAAAUUACGACUUAAUAAAAAAACAAAAACAAAAAGGCUGGAGGCUUUCUGGGCGUACGCCGAACAAAAAAAUCAGUCCUUUCUCGACGAAUUUCUUGCCUUCUAUGAAGGCAAGCAGGACAAUAAGCAGGACCAGAACCAGGAGACACAGCAAGAAACCCGAGAAACCCCACAGCAACCGUUGGGACAGUCGUCGGUAAAUAAUGCUGACCUGGAUUUCCUAGAUGAUCCAGGCAGCCUGGACUUUAUCGAUAAUAUACAUCUAGACUUUUUUAAUGACUUUUAG